AUGACUGCUGCUGUUUUUUCUGUGUUCAUCGAGUACGGUGCUGGCCUUCCGCUUGGAGAGGCUUUCAGGGGUCUAUGCUGCUCGCGCCCAGCCGUGCUCGAAGCCGCGCCGGUUCGCGCUCCAGUCGUGACCGACAGAGUGACGAUCGUGCCCGGCACUUAUCCCAAACUCUCAAAGGAUCUGGACGAGUACGCCGAUCCGUACGGGUACUGGAACCGCAUGUACGGUCCUCCACCCGGAUCGAAGGAGAUGCACCCGAAUCAAGGUGAAAAGCCAGGCAUUCACCAUGGAGGCUUGACCCAAGGAAGCUCGGAAAGAAAACGGCUCAAAGCCUUCUGGGCACACCCAGGGAGCGUCUGGCGCAUCAAUCGCGACUUCAGCAUCACGCAGAUCACGGGGCCAGGGGCUCCCAAGACGAUGGAGUCGGAUCCUCACUGGCACCACUUUGACGCUGUGCACAGAGGAGAGGUCGUCGGCAAAUUCGAGAUCGAGCCCCACCCAGACGGUAGGCCGCGCUACAUCAAGAAGGGCGUGUACGACAUCGAAGAUAAUCCUGUGCACAUGAUGGGCCCUGAUGCGCGGACAUCGAGAGGUGACGCGCACGAAAUACUCAAAGAUAUGCAGACUGAUCACAGCUUUGAUUGA